UACAUGACUGCAACAAACUUUCUUUCUUGGACUUUGGACAUUAGAAACAAUUUCAUUGCUAUAACCAUGUCUUAGACAUAUACCAAUGAGGAGCAGAACCCCUACGCCUCUCCUCUUCCCAAAAAACGGAAAACAUCAAAAAGCCGAUUCUGAGUAUGAUUGGAGUGAUGUAGGUAGUUCUAGCGAGAAGGCGAGGAAUGUCUCUGCCUUGGGUGCUAUCAGACGGGCAGCCAAGAAAGUAGUAGGAGUCUUUGCUUUUAUUUUCUCGGGACAGAGAAAUUUAAAGCCAAGAAAAUGUAGAUCUGAUCCUGGAGAGAGCAGCACGAUCGACAGAGCAGAUUCUACAUUAUCAGGCUGGACUGGUUAUUCGUCACCAAGCUCUUUUGGAAGGUCAAUAGAAAGAAGGGUCUCAGGCAGUCAAUAUCGAUUUUCUGGUUCAAGAUUUCAAAACAAUGGGAAAGAUUCUUCUUGUAGCAAAAGUUGGCACCUUGGCCCAGUGAUUUUUUCUUUUGGGGAGCUUCAGAGAGCAACUGCAAAUUUUGCAACGGUUCAUCAGAUUGGGGAAGGCGGUUUUGGAACUGUUUUUAAAGGAAAGCUUGAUGAUGGAACUUUUGUUGCCAUCAAGCGUGCCAGAAAGAACAACUAUGGAAGAAGCUGGUUGCUAGAGUUCAAGAAUGAAAUAUACACAUUGUCAAAGAUCGAGCAUAUGAAUUUGGUGAAGCUUUACGGCUUUCUGGAACAUGAAGACGAAAGGGUUAUUGUUGUUGAGUAUGUUGGCAAUGGAAACCUAAGAGAACAUCUAGAUGGUAAGUUACAAGAGGUACUUCCUUCUUCUUCUUCCUUUUCUUCUCAACUUUUAGAGCAUAGACAAAGUUUCCAAAUACAAAAUCUCUCUGUACUUAGAAUUCUCAACUCAGGUUUACGAGGUAAACGCCUUGAAAUGGCAGAACGUCUUGAGAUUGCGAUUGAUGUAGCUCAUGCAUUGACCUACCUGCACACAUAUACAGAUACUCCAAUAAUACACAGAGACAUAAAAGCAUCAAAUAUCCUCAUCACGGAGAAACUCAGAGCCAAAGUUGCAGACUUUGGCUUUGCUCGUUUGGUUUCUGAAGAUCCAGGGGCUACUCAUAUCUCGACUCAGGUCAAAGGAUCUGCAGGGUAUGUUGAUCCAGAUUAUCUCAGGACGUUUCAACUAACCGACAAGAGCGACGUUUACUCUUUUGGUGUUCUGCUCAUAGAGCUUGUCACCGGAAGACGACCCAUUGAGUUAAAGAGACCACGACAAGACAGACUCACGGUUAAAUGGGCAUUGAGGAGACUCAAAAACGAUGAAGCUGUUCUUGUAAUGGAUCCAUUGCUCAAGAGAAACAGAGCCGCCAUUGAAGUGGCUGAGAAGAUGUUGAGACUGGCGAGCGAAUGUGUUUCCCAGACUAGAGGUACACGACCGAGUAUGAAAGAAUGUGUGGAAAAGCUAUGGGCUAUAAGGAGAGAGAUGAAGGAGACAAUGAUUUGUUCCUCUGCCUCUGUUUCUUCGUCUUCUUCAGCAACGCACAGCUUCGUGGGUCGUGACUCAGACAGAUUCGCGUUACCAAGGAUCAUAGACGAUGAGAAGAGCACUGAGUAGCUCUCUCUAUGAACACAUUACCAAAUACUCUCAUAUACUCUUUUUUUUUCGUCAUUGUAUGAUGAUGAUAUCUCUUUGUUUUACUCGUACGGAAUGUAAAUCUUUGUUCACAAGAUAGGAUUUAGGAAAUUGGACAACUGCUAUUAUUAUAAAAGAACAAAAUUGUGAA